CGCCACAGUGCCGCCGCGCAGCCGCCGCCGCUGGUCGCACCGCAUGAUCCUCCGCGAAUCUCUGCAAGUGAUCGCCACCCCAUGUCAAUUGCACGCUUCGUUGCGUCUUUGCUCGCGUGGUCGUCGCUCAGAUGAGUAUCGACAUCGACUUGUGAAAAAACAUUCAUCUAUUUUUAAACAUUGUGUUCUUUCAGCUCAGUGAUGUUUUGCGAAUUAACGUCGCUGCAUGACAUGACAGCCUGGUGUUUUUAAAUUAUUCGAUAUAUCUUUUUAGUGCAGUGACAAUCGAGCGGCAACGGCUGACACACUGGUUAGCAACGUUAUUGGCGGUGUAAAUAAUGUGAAAAAGUGAGAAUCGAACUUUGUGUGACCAAAAUUGAACUGUAUAGAGAAAGUCUUAAAUUCCGAUGUUCAAGUUUUCGCUAGUGUAAAUAUUUAUCGAAACUUGAUUGCAUAACUUCGUUCAAAUAGUGAUUUAUCUACCCAUCUAAAUUGUCUACCUACUAGUGUAUUUGUAUGAUAUCCAGUGUUUUGAAAUGAAUAAUGGAUGAAGCGUAAUUAAUGGUUGUGAACUUACGAACUUAAAUCGGUAUUACCAUCUGGUUUGGUCAGAUCAGUUUUGUUACGUUCCAAUUUGUAAUGCCAAGGUUGAAGCAGCCUGUGCCAGACAGUCGACAAAGCCGGCGAUGCGCACACGACUUACGUCGCGACGCUCACUGUAAAUAAAUAAUGACCUAAUUGUAUGUACUACCUUACGUAUUCGCUAUUUCUGAUUUUAGCUGACAGAGAUUUACAACAGCAUAAAGUUAAGUCUCCACGAACCAGUCUCACACACCGACAAUUGCACAAUUUGCAUCAAAACACUAUAGAGAGAAACUAGCGAAGUGCAGUAACUACUUUCGAAGAUUUCUCCAGGGCUCUCCCUUUCUCCUAACAAGUAGCAUCUGAGUUGGGUUACUAUGGAAAAUUGACCAGAACUCGAUUAGAACUCGUUUUAAGAGAAACACGGUAAUAAUGAAUUCAAUUAAUUGUAUAGUCGAAUAAUAAUGUGAGGUAGAUAAAUGCGAAUUGCUGUAAAAACUGACAAGUCGGUUAAUUAUAAGUUAUAAUUAAUCGAUUAUUAUAAGUUAUAGCUAAUUAUAACAAUCGAUCAAGAUGCCACAUUACGAUGAAACUUUCAUCCAUGAUGACAAUCUGAACCAAAGGAGGAACAAACGGAGUUACCGUGUUUACAAAACAGGCUUGAGUCCAUUGCAUCUGUUAGAGCGCAGUGCGUUGGCUCUUGAAGAAAGAGGAACUUCCGUCAUCAAACGUAACAUUAAGAAUAUUAAACAUCGAAACAACCGCGACAAAUCUGAGCCUCCUCCGCAGCUUAAAAACAGUCCAGCGAAGUAUAAAACACCGGAUAUAAUAGUGGAUCAUUGUCCGCGCCUCAGUGUUUACUACCCCAAUAAAUAUAAUGACAUCCGUAACAACAAUGUCCAGCCACUGUCUCCUUGUAAGAGUUUCGACAAUCUUGUAUUGUAUCAGACUAAACAGAAAGUGUUUGGCAGGGACAGUUUAAGGAAUGGGAUUAGUCUUCAAAAUUUGGCAGAUGAGGAAAACUUAAAGCAUUAUUCAUCGCCCUCUGAAGACUACCUGACAACAGUCCGUAGAGACGACAUUAGCAACUCGUAUUCAGUGCUACAUGCUAAACGGCGGCCGAUGCAGAGAUGUUUCUCACGGGUCACAGCAACGCCGGGGGUUGGUGUAUAUCGACAAAUUCCCUGCGAUGGAGAAACCGGCAAAGAUGAUCACGAGAACGAGUCAAGCGGCGAGCCGGGUUCCGGUCAUCGCGGGUCUUUGCGCGGCGCCAACAAGCUGGCGCGGCGCGCGCGCUCGUUCAAGGACGACCUGCUCGAGCGCAUCUCCAACAUGCGCUCGCCGCAGCAACACCAUCCGCCGCAUCUCUCCUCUGCCAUCAGAUCGCAUUCCCCUCUUAGUCCGAAGCUUCGGAACAUGGGGACGAAACCCGUUACUGUGGAGGAGGGGGAAGUCACGCCUGCCAAAGAACUCGAACGGCUAGUCAAAGAGGUUACAUUCGGAUUAAAACACUUCUCAGAUGUUAUUACAAAAAGGAAGCUGGAAAUGCUACCCGAUAAUGGCACCAUUGUGUUUGAAUCCAUUGCGAAUAUUCAUAAAGCUAUUAAACCAUACUGCGGUAGAUCACCGCAACUCAUGAGCGCAGUGAAACGCUUAUGCAAUGCACUAGCGACGCUAAUACGGCUAUGCGACGAAAUAACAGCAGUUAGUUUGCGAGCUGACGCUGGUAACGAGGAAAUGGAUACUUCUACUGCGGCCUUAUCGCCAGAACAUGUUAGUUCUGUGGUGAAAGGAGUAACUUCGGCUGUCGAGGAAGUAGCAUCGCUGGCACAGCAACAUAUGACACGACCUGCGUUGUCACCGCGACCUGCACUUGUAUCUCCAAGGGCUUCUACACAGAGGAAUUCGUUGCCUGAUAUUCCCCUAACGCCAAAGGAAAGGUCCCUUUUGACUGGAGAAGGCAAUAAUGAACCUACAGGAGUUCGAGCGUCGCAUUCUUCUGAAUCUGUUUUGGAUGCACCCGACACACCGCCUCCGAAACCUGCUCGACCAAACAGGAAAAUCGAGUUGGCCCCUCCUUUGCCUCCCAAGCGCAAGUCUGCUAACGACAACUCCCUUUUGGCCCUCUCUAUUGACCGGUUAUCUUUACAAUCUCACAGCAGUGGCUCGUUGGAUUCUAUGCUGAAUGUAUCGAAUGAUGAAGAACGUAACGCUCACGAGAACAGUAACAACGAUGUGUUUGCGCCGCCUAAUUCUGAAACGGGUAUAUGCAACUGCAACAGUUCGAACGAGAUACGAUCGUCAUUGGAGUCGCACGAGUCUCAUUUCAACGCGCACACGCCGGCCAACCACAAUCGGUAUGUCCACCACUUCUCCAAUGAGUCGGGGUUUGUCUCCGUCGGACAUGCGGAGAUGUCUACAGAACACAGUUUCACAUCUUCGUUUUCUUCACACCAGUACACAAGUCAUACCGAUAGCGCUUUUGAUACUACAGACUGUGUGAGCGAAAUGAAGUGCACCAUGCAAAGCUUUGAGAGAAGCAUGAAUAUUUUGAAUAUGAACAGUGUUGCCACGCACUCUUCUUUAAAACUGGCCAGUAUAACGUCAGACGACAGCCUGACGCCGCCCGAGUUGCCGGUGAAAACGCGGCGGAACAUUCGCGCCGACGUUCAGCAACACUUCCCUAGUGUCGAAAUCAGACAAAGCCCAGUGUGUUCGCUUCAUGGCGACGCGCGACCACACACGCUAGCGGACCACCAUCCGCCGCGGCCACCGCCGCUGCCGCUCAAAAAGAAACACAUGUUCCAAAACGUCGCGUACAGUGUUAUGGCAUACAUGGAGAUGUUCGGAAAUUGCAGUCAUCCGCCGAACAACACUACUGCGCCCCCCGACAUGUUCCGACACUCCAUACAUACUUAUAAUUUGGCCAGCGCCCAACAUGCGUCUGGAGGCGGCUUGACCGUGCAAAGACAACAAGUUCAACGGUCCAUUGCCCAAUCAUUGACACUGCAUCAUCUGGGUACUCCUCCAUUUAGUGGUUCAGAAGACAGUGUGAACAUAACGACUUCGAGUGGCACGAGUCCGGUGCCCCCCGAAGUGCCACCUGCGUUACCACCUAAGAUGAGCAAAAACAAGCAGGUUCAGAUGAACUCUAGCAACGAGCUUUUGCCACCACCAUCACCGUCGCCAUCGCCGCGGCCACAUUCGCAUAAUAGUUCAGCUGAUGAAACUGUGCUUCACAAUGUGAACUCGGACGAUUCACUCACGAGAUCUGCGACACCAGGCAAGUUUCCACUUGAAGAUGAAUUGGAAAUGCUUGUUCAACAACCACCUACACCUUCACCAGUACCUUCUCAGAAAAGUGAAAGCAGUUCAGGACCAACAUAUAUAGAUAUAUCAGAAAACAAAACCAAUUCAACUCCCGCCGAUCCUGAUGAUAUUAUUCUUCAAACUGAUAUCAGCCAGUGGUUACUCCUCAAAGCACCAAGUAAAGAUGGCCCUGAAGUGCGGGGAGGGAAUCCUGAUGCACUUAUUGUACUCGCUACUAAAGCUACCAAAGAAACGGACGAGUAUUUUGCGUACCAGGAGGCGUUUCUGGCGACUUACCGUACGUGGGUGUCGCCGAGCGGUCUGGUUGCACGGCUUGUGAGAAGAGCGCAUCAUUUCCGCCCGCGGCCGCACGAGCUGAGAUCCACGCUUAGCCUGUUGACUAGAGUUGUGGCUGAUCUUACCAUGUCCGACUUAGACCAACCACUGAUGCAAGAAAUAAUGAAGUUCAUCUAUUGGUUGGUGGAGGUGGAAGAACUACCGAUUGCCAAGGCGCUCAGACAGAUUCUAGUCGACAAACAGAAGCAAAUACAUUUCCAACAGUCAAACCACCGUUACGAAUACGAAACACCAUGCUACGGAGCAGUGUCCCUGCGGCGCGACACCCUUCUAGACUUCAAAGCCACAGACCUAGCGGAACAAAUGACGCUGUUAGACGCAGCAUUGUUUGUGCGAAUUACUACCGCAGAGGUGCUGUCGUGGCCACGAGACCAAUCUGAAGAGAGCUCGCCAAAUCUUACCCGUUUUACGGAGCAUUUUAAUAAGAUGAGCUAUUGGGCAAGGUCAAGGAUAUUGGAACAGGAUGAAGCCAAAGAACGAGAGAAAUACGCCAGUAAAUUCCUAAAAGUAAUGAAGGCGUUACGCAAGAUGAAUAACUUCAACUCUUACCUGGCUCUCGUGUCAGCCUUGGAUUCACCUCCAGUGCGAAGACUGGGCUGGCCUCGGGCCAUCGACGAUGCGCUCCUUGAUCAUUGCGCUAUCAUCGACUCAUCAUCCUCUUUCCGCGCGUACCGACUGGCGUUGGCUGAAACACAACCACCUUGUAUACCAUACAUUGGUCUAGUCCUGCAAGAUCUGACGUUCGUACAUAUCGGGAACCCCGACCUGCUACAGGACGGAGUCAUCAACUUCACCAAGCGUUGGCAACAGUACCACAUCAUGGAGAACAUGAAGAGAUUUCAUAAAGACAGACAGUACAAGUUCAAGAAGAACGAGCGGAUCCAGGCGAUGUUCAACGACUUUGACGAUGUCCUAAGCGAGGAAGCUAUGUGGCAAGUGUCAGAGAGCAUCAAGCCCCGUGGUGGUCGCGCUAAGACUGGUCCUCCUCCCACACCUGCGCUCGUCAAUGCGCCUACGCCUGCACCUGCACAGACCGCUGCCUAGACGAUGAUGCUUUAAGCAUUAAAAGAUAAAAUUGAAAUCCAAAGAAUAGAGGAAUGGUUGUACCGAGUGUGUGUGAAAAGCUGAAGACAAGGUGAGGCUUAUAUCUACGAGGUUUUGGGUUAGGUGAAAUGUGAUUAUCUGUCCUAAAAAGGCCUAAUUAAUGUUAAUGUAAUUACUCGUAAUUUUGCGAUUUCUCAACUGUGAUCGGUCCGAGAGCGAAUGUGUGUGACAGAUCAACAGCGACGAUAAGGUGCUCGAUUAUACAUUUACAAAUACUUCUGACAUGAAUAUCUAUCGUAAUUGAACGUGAAUAAGAGCCAAAUUUCCUAAUCAGUAUUGAUAUCGAGUUACUGUCGUCCUACAUAUCAGCAUGUGACUUGCGUAGUACUAAAGAAACGAGUGACGCCUAAGUGUUUAGGGUUAAUGUCAUUGAUAUUCUUCUCGUUGUUGUACCUAUAUUUGCCAUUGAUGUCAGUAUAACGUAAAGUAGGCCAGCUUCGAAAGUUAUUCAAUACAUCGAAUUAGAGAACUUUAUUGAAGUAGGUUAGUAUUCGACAUUACUUAUUGACCGUCGAGUGUUUUCUAAUGUUCUAAUAUUUGCGAUUGCACGUUGUUACCGCGUAACGAUAAAUAAUAUUAACGAGUAUUUCGAGUGAGAAAUGGGACUAUUGCUUUUGUUUAAAAUCAAAAUAAAAGCGUUGAAUUUGAUAAUUCAUUGCCUCGACCAUACAUAAUACUCCAAUACAUCGGGGCUUCCAUAGUUUUUAAUCGAAAGCAAGCAAUAAUAUUAAACUCCUGAAGGUGAUCCCUAUGUUUUUCGUAAUAUUUUAUAGAUAAUAAACUAUUUUUAUAUUACAGUCUACAUUUAUGCACCGUGUUAACCGAUACAUAUCAUGAAGUGUGUGCCAAAUGUUGAAAACAAAAGCGUCCCAUUUCUGAAACACGGAUAAGUAAUUUUCGAGUUUUAAGGUCGCUUGGCGUUAUAAGAAAGAUUUUUUCGAUAGAACAAUUUACUUUUAGCAAAAAGGAAUGUUCACAAACGCUACCUAAUUUAAUUGUGCAAGGUUUUACGGUAGGAUGCAAUUCACAGCACUUGGUGUAAAUUUACUGUAGGUAUACCAAAGAAAUUCAACUUUCGACUGUAAACGGAUCAAAACUACCGUAUGGACUUUAGUGUCUUUGUAUUUUAUGACGUUUUAACACGACGGAAAAGAUUUAACAAGCGCGUCUAUUUCUAUGCCAUUUAAUUCGUAUCGAACUAUUUUAUGGUUAAUGUAAUAUUUUUGUGCAUAUUGAAAUUCAAUGCAAAUUUUUAUUUUUGAUAUUCAGAAACUAUAUUUCUCCUAAAAAUGCCGCCUUGGGUGGCGUACGAUUUAUGAAUAGCGUACUUUUGAGAUCUAUAUUUGAGUGUACGAAUCGUCACGAUUUGUGUCAUUCUACUUUAUAGUAACAUUAAAUUAAGCUUAAGAUUCAGUACAAGCUGAAGCCGUAGCGAAGUGUGUAUGAAAUUUUUGAAACGUUAUUCACUUUGAUAGUCUCAGUAUUCGUGUUAACAAUAAUCACGUUUAAAAACAAUUACUGUAGGGCGAUAUUAAACGAAAUAGUGUAACGUUCGCAUUUACUUACUUUGCCUUAAGACGACGAUGUCUCCAAUGAAAUAGCAAUAAUUUUUUAUUAUUGGUAGAGUCGCUGCACAAUUUGUGAUACUUUUCAUGUAGCGUGCCGCUUACUCAGUCUUAUUGACGUCCUCUAUACGUAGACAAUUAUAUUAGGCGAAUGUUUAGCGUAAGAUUAAAUGAACCCCAAUAUUAACAGCUGCCUAAGCCGGUAUUACGCCUGUCCAUGAUGCAUUUCAGUAUGUUUAAAUUUUAGAAUAUAUGUUCUUUAACGUUAAAGAACAAAAUUCUAAAUGUUAAAACUACUAUAUAUCUAAAGCAGUAUUCACAAUAACAUUGGUGUGAUACUGACUUGGCAAAGUAAUUAUUAGGUAAUACGUAUGAUUACAUCGAUCUGGUAGUUUGUGUAUUGUUCAAAAGGAACAUUUGAUUCCAUGCAAUAACUAACUAGACCAAUAUUUAGAAUGUUUUACAGCUUUUUUUGCAAUUGUGUGCUGAUAAUAGUCGGAUCUGUUGCACAUAUUUUUUAACCUCUUUUCUCAGGUCUACAAAUGUAGGGUCUCUUAACUGCCUAGUAGUGGCCUGGUAAUCAUCUGAUAUAGCACAUUGUAGUUAGUAAAAAUGUAUGCUGUUCAAAAUAGGAGCUUAUACAUAUGUAGCAAAGGGUUAUGUAGAAAGAAAACUUAUUUUCUUUUUAUACUAUUGCGAAAGGCAUGAAUAAAAGUGCAGGUUAAGAAAUGUGCACGACAGGUCUGACACGAUUGUAUAGUAAUUUGAGCGAUAGUUAAGUUUUAGAUACGUUACCAUUUUUGUUGUCUGGUAUUAUUAUUUAUUUAAAUGUAUUGCGAACUAUUGCAACGGAUUGAUAUGAUAACCUAUAUUAAUUGAGUAAUAAUUAAAGACUGCCUAAAUUAAUUAUUCAGUAAUUGAUGUGUAUAGUGUCAAAAUUUGUUUACAAGUCCCGUUACGUGUUUUCGAGUAGUAUACUAUUUAGAUCUGUAAUAGUAAAUUUAAUAGCCUCUGAUUCGUCACAAUAUCGCAAUUUAAACUUACGACCUUAGAAAUUUAAAAUGUCUCACAUUUAGUGAACAGCGUACAUAAUUUUGUUGUAUUAGCAAGUUCAGUAUUAUGUUAAAUCAAAAUGCCAUAAUGUAUCAAAUGGAUUAAAAAAUAAAUAACAUUUUAUAUUAUAGUUUAUUCUGGAAGCGAUUUAUGAUUUCUUAAAGAUAUAUUAAUAAUAUUUUACGUUACGUUAAGUAUUUUUUAUAUUAUUACAUAAAUUACGAUUUAUUUGUACAUU